UCCCCCCUCCCCCAAAUCAUGGUUUCUUCCUUAUUGCUGUCCACCCAGUCUCCUUUAGCUGUCUUCUUCUUCUCACUUUGCUUGGUCGGCACCACUUCAUUUCAGGGGGUAGGCGUUUCUGCUUCCUCCACUCCUUUGUCCACCGUCCACGUGACCGAGAAUAAGGAUGGAGCAGAGGCUCUCCUUAAUUGGAAAUCCACUCUUGACAACCAUAGCCAGUCUCUCCUCUCUUCAUGGCACGGUGACAAUCUUUGCCGCUCUACCGGCGUGGCUUGCGGCAACUACGGAGCCAUCACCCAUCUAAAUCUUUCCUCUCUCGGUUUGAGAGGAACUCUACACGGCCUCGACUUCUCGCGCUUAACAAGUGUGGUUAGCUUUGAACUUUCCAACAACUCGAUCUAUGGCUCAAUUCCCUCAAGUAUCGGUAACCUUUCCAAACUCAACUAUCUUGGUCUUUGCUUCAAUGAACUGUCGGGGGACAUUCCUCCAAGUUUAGGUAUGCUAGAGAGUAUUCAUUAUUUGGAACUAUGUGCAAACAACCUGAGUGGACACAUCCCUCAGGAGAUUGGACAGUUAGAUUCUCUUUUGGAACUUGGUUUUUCCAGAAAUAAGCUCACCGGUCCUAUCCCUGCUUCACUAGGGAACUUAAGCAGCUUGAUUUAUCUUUUCCUAUGGCAAAAUCAACUUGUAGGGUCCAUUCCUGUUUCUCUUGGAAAAUUAGGCAAUUUAACCGGAUUAAGCAUUUCGAGCAAUAAAAUUUCCGGUUCCAUUCCCAAAGAGAUAAAUGACUUGAGGAAUUUGGAAAUUCUGUACAUAGGGGAGAAUAGACUUUCGGGACUCAUACCUUCAGAAAUCGGGAGGCUCACUUCUCUUAUUGAACUUAGCCUAGCAAAAAACAAUCUCACCGGCUUAAUUCCUCGUUCCAUCGGAAACUUGACAAAUUUAUCUGCUCUUAUCCUCUCUGAAAAUGAACUUUCAGGACCGGUACCUUCAGAAAUCUGGAGCCUCACUUCUCUUAUCCAACUCUUUCUAUCAGAAAACAAACUCACUGGCUCAAUUCCUCGUUCCAUUGGAAACUUGACAAGUUUAUCUGAACUUUUCCUCCUUCAAAGUGGACUUUCAGGACUAAUACCUUCAGAAAUCGGGAGGCUCACUUCUCUAACUGUACUGGACCUUUCCGACAAUAAAUUCGUUGGUUCCUUGCCUUCGGAAUUCAAUAACUUAACACAGUUGACUUAUUUUCAACUAUAUAAUAAUGAACUAGAGGGGGAACUGCCAGAAGAUUUAUGCCUUGGGAGAUCAUUGCAAUAUUUCUCCGUCAACAAUAAUCAUUUCACUGGUCCCAUCCCCCCAAGCCUAAAGAACUGUAGCACAUUAAUUAGAUUGGGGGUCGCUGGAAACCAAUUUACUGGAAACAUAGCAGAUGCUUUCGGAAUAUAUCCACAUCUAUAUUUUAUGGACUUGAGCCACAAUCAUUUGACUGGCGAACUUUCGUGGAAAUGGGAGCAUUGUCGUAAUUUGACGAGCUUGAGGAUAUCAAACAACGACCUCUCUGGUGAGAUACCCGCAAUAUUUGGAAGGAUGGCUCAAUUACAAGUACUGGACCUUUCUUCAAAUAAUUUAAGCGGAGAGAUUCCGAAGGAAAUGGGAAGCCUGUCGAUGUUGUUAGAACUCGACCUAAGCAGCAAUGCGAUCAUGGGAAAUGUCCCAACUGAGAUUGGACUUCUAUCCCAUCUAGCACAUCUAAACUUAGCCUCAAACAAUUUGAGCGGAUCAAUACCGGUGCAGCUAGGCUCAUGCAAAAGCUUGUUGAGCUUGAACUUGAGCAUAAACAAAUUUCGAAGAAGCAUUCCUCCUGAGAUAAGCAACACACAAGUCCUCGAGGUUCUUGAUCUGAGUUAUAAUAUUUUGUCUAAAAAUAUACCGAGAGAGCUUGCAUUACUGAGAAACUUGCAAGUUCUAAAUAUCUCCCACAAUAGCCUAUCUGGUUCCAUCCCACAUACUUUUGGUGAUAUGUUGGCCUUGACUUCUAUUGAUGUAUCUUACAAUGACCUGGAAGGUCCUCUCCCUAAUGUCAAGGCUUUCAAUGAGGCUCCAUUUGAGGCAAUUCAGCAUAACAAAGGGCUCUGUGGAAAUGUUGUUGGUUUACCGAAAUGCAAUUCUACCGGGAACAAGAAACGUAAUCGGCACGUUGGAGCUAGAAUCACAUUUAUCCUCAUUCUCUCGUUCUUGGGGUUUCUCCUUCUCUCUUGCACCUUGAUUGUUCUUGUAAUCGUCUAUCAUCGUCAAAGAAGGAUUAUGAAGAGAGAGAACAAUGAGCGGGCAAAUGAUUUGGAUUUCAUGAGUAUUUUGAGUUAUGAUGGCAAAGUUUUCUAUGAUCGAAUCGUUGAAGCCACGGAAGGAUUUGACUCCAAGUACUACGUGGGUGAAGGAGCAUAUGGAAUUGUUUAUAAAGCCGAGAUAUCAGAAGGUCAAACGUUUGCUAUCAAGCAAACCUUGUCAUCCCAGGAAGAUGGUGAGAUCAUUGAUUUGAUACCAUUUGAAAGGGAAAUUGAAGCCUUAACAAAUAUACGUCACCGCAACAUCGUGAAAUUUUAUGGCUUCUGCUCUCAUGCUCAACGCUAUUUUUUGGUGUAUGAGUACAUGGAAAGAGGAAGCUUGAGGAUAGUUUUGAACGAUGAUGAAAGAGCAAGAGAAUUUCAAUGGGACAAGAGGGUAAAUGUGGUCCGAGGAAUUGCGGAUGCGUUGUCCUAUAUGCAUCACGGAUGUUCACCUCCGUUGUUACAUCGAGACUUGACUAGUAACAACAUUCUAUUGGAUCUCGAUUAUGAGGCUCAUGUUUCUGAUUUUGGCACUGCAAGAUUAUUGAGGCCGGAUUCAUCAAAUUGGACUGCCAUUGCUGGCACCAUCGGGUAUAUUGCUCCAGAGCUGGCUUAUUCUACAGUUCCUACUGAAAAGUGUGAUGUAUAUAGCUUUGGAGUCGUUGCAUUAGAGACAAUCAUGGGAAAGCAUCCAGGAGAUCAUGUCUCUCGAGAAUGUUCAUCGACCACUCAAACUAGGUCGAUGAUGUUGAAGGAUGUGCUAGAUCAACGUCUCUUGCCUUCUAGACUUGGCCUUCGAGAUGAGCAGGACGUGGUCUUGAUCGCCAAGCUAGCGUUUGAGUGCUUGCAAGCCGAUCCGAGGCUUCGACCGACCAUGCAACAAGUCUCACGUGAGCUUUGCUUUCAAGUACCCCUGAAUAUGCCGCUCUCUGCAAUCAGUUUAGAGGAACUUCGCGAUCUUAAUGUUAACAAAUUCAGAGCAUUCUAGAAGACGGUAAGAUUUGAAGUUUUUCAUGUGUUAUUUUGUUCGGUUUUCAAUUAUGGUGACGAUCGCCUUUUGAAUAUCUUCUUAGUUCUCACCAAUCCCAACCAUGUGAUUUUUUAUUUUUACUGCAGAGAUAUCUUCUCUAUGAACGCUACAGAAAUAGUGCGAUGUUUGUAGUUUGAAGUCGUGGUACCAGAAAUAACCAUGGGAAGACUUUUGGGAAGAUCCCAUUUCACAAUUAUUUCCAUCUUUUUAUCGGAAAAUGCACUGGAUCAACAUCUCUUG